AUGGAAGAAACAGCAUUUUACUCUAGAUCACUAGAUGUUGUUGCUCGAGCAGCCCUUAGAGACUUUGAUAUACUGGUAUUUGUUCAACAAUUUCCAAAAACAACUUGCAUUAAUUCUCGAGUACCACCAGCUCGCUGCAAUAUACCGCGAAAUGAUGAGUGGACAAUUCAUGGAAUUUGGCCAACUAAAUCUGGAACAAAUGGUCCAAACAGUUGCAGGCGCGAUUUACCAUUCAGACCUGCAGAAUUGAGAACCAUAAGACGUCAACUUGAAGCUAAAUGGAUAGAUGUCAUUAGGACAAAUCCAGAAACAUUCUGGCGUCACGAAUGGGAAAGACAUGGAACAUGUGGUGUUGAUCUUGCUGAUCUUAAUACACAAUUAAAAUAUUUCAGUAAAGCUCUCGAUUGGAGUAAUAGAUAUAAUAUUGACCGUUAUUUAAGAGUAGGACGAAUUACAACUGGUCGAGCUUAUCCCUCAGCGGAUAUUGUGAGAGCAAUUAAUACAGGAGUUGGACAACAGACAAGAAUCACAUGCGUUACACAGGCUAACAAACAAUAUUUGCAUGAGGUGAGAAUUUGCUUCGAUAAGAGUUUGAGAUUAAUUAGUUGCCAAGGACACUUUAAUUCACCAACAAAUUGCGUUCCUUGGAGGCAAGUUGAAUACCCAAGACGUUAA